UCCGCUGGGCUCCUGACACCCCCUUCUCCCAGCCCGCGGGGGGCUGCGGCGCUUCUGUGGGUGGGGGCAGGCUGGCCUGACGCAGAAUGACAGCAGCAACACAACGAGAAGUUCUUGGCCUCUACCGGAAAAUUUUCAGGCUGGUGAAGAAGUGGCAGGCAGCAUCAGGGCGGCUGGAAGACACCAUGAAAGAAAAACAGUACAUAGUAAGUGAAGCCAGAACACUGUUCCAGAAAAACAAAAACCUCACAGACCCAGAUUUGAUUAAACAGUGUAUAGACGAAUGCACUGCCAGGAUUGAAAUUGGACUGCAUUACCAGAUUCCUUACCCAAGGCCAAUUCAUCUGCCUCCAAUGGGCCUUACCACACUUCAAGGUCGAAAACUUCGGAGUCAGGAGAAACUGAGGAAGCUUUCUAAACCAGUGUAUCUCAAGUCUCAUGAUGAAAUUUCCUAA